AUGCCCGACCACCCAGAGUUUGCGCGCGCCGGGCAGCAGACCGGUCUGCAGGUCUGGAGGGUGGAGAGCUUCGACCUGGUCCCGGUGCCUCAGAACCUGCAGGGAGGCUUCUACACCGGAGACUCUUACCUCAUCCUCAACACCAUCAAGCAGAGGUCUGGAGCUCUGCAGUAUGACCUGCACUUCUGGCUCGGGGACCACAGCUCACAGGACGAGAGAGGAUCCGCCGCCAUCUUCACGGUGCAAAUGGACGAUUACCUGGGAGGGAAGCCGAUCCAGUACAGAGAGGUGCAAGGCCACGAGUCCAAGACCUUCCUGGGAUACUUCAAGAGCGGAAUCAAGUACAUGAAAGGCGGCGUGGCGUCAGGGUUCAAACACGUCGUCACCAACGAGGUCAUCAUGCAGCGGGUGCUACAGGUCAAAGGGCGCCGUGUUGUCCGGGCAACAGAGGUGCCCGUCAGCUGGGACAGUUUCAACCAGGGAGACUGCUUCAUCCUGGACCUGGGCAACGAGAUCUACCAGUGGUGCGGCUCCCAGAGUAACCGCUUCGAGAAGCUGAAGGCCACGCAGGUCGCCAAAGGUAUCCGUGACAACGAGCGCAGUGGGCGGGCCCGAGUGUACGUAUGCGACGAGGGGGCGGAGCGAGAGAAGAUGCUGGAGGUGUUGGGCCCCAAACCAGACCUGCCUGAAGGGGCCUCGGACGACAUCAAGGCCGACGCCUCCAACAGGAAGAGAGCCAAACUUUACAAGGUGUCGGAUGCGGGUGGGGACAUGGCCAUCGCGCUGGUCGCAGCAGAAAACCCGUUUGCUCAAAGCACUCUGGAGUCUGGAGACUGCUUCAUCCUGGACCACGGCUCCGACGGAAGGAUCUUUGUCUGGAAAGGUAAAGACGCCAACAUGGACGAGCGUAAAGCAGCCAUGAAGGCGGCGGACGAGUUCAUAAAGAAGAUGGGCUACCCCAAACACACACAGGUCCAGAUCCUGCCGGAGAUGGGCGAGACGCCGCUCUUCAAACAGUUCUUCAAAAACUGGAGGGACAAGGACCAGACGGAGGGUCUGGGCGUGGCCUACAUCGCCAACUCCAUCGCAAGGAUCGAAAAAGUGCCCUUCGACGCGGCCUCCCUCCACGAGUCCGAGGCCAUGGCUGCUCAGCACGGCAUGGUGGAUGACGGCAGCGGAGAGAAGCAGAUCUGGCGCAUCGAGGGCGCAGACAAAGUGGCCGUGGACCCGUCGACUCACGGACAGUUUUACGGCGGAGACAGUUACAUUAUCCUGUACAACUACAACCACGGAGGGCGGCGCGGACACAUCAUCUACAUGUGGCAGGGGGCAGACUCCUCUCAGGACGAGAUCGGAGCCUCAGCGAUCCUGGGAGCUCAGCUGGACGAGGAGCUGGGAGGGGGACCGGUGCAGGUUGUCGGUGCUCCCAUAACCACGCAGGUGCGUGUGGUGCAGGGCAAAGAGCCGGCCCACCUCAUGAGUCUGUUUGGGGGGGCUCCCAUGGUGGUGCACCGCGGCGGGACGUCCCGAGACGGAGGACAGAGCGCUCCGGCUGAAACCAGACUGUUCCAGGUCCGGGCCAACUCCGCUGGACACACACGCGCCGUCGAGGUUGAUUCCACUUCCUCGAACCUGAACUCCAACGACGCUUUUGUUUUGGCGAGUCCCGGCGGCUGCUUCCUGUGGGUGGGUCAGGGCGCCUGUGCCACCGAGCAGCAGGGGGCGCUGCAGCUGUGCGACAUCCUGGGAGUGAGCGCCACAGAGCUGUCGGAGGGCGGAGAGAGCGAUGACUUCUGGGAAAUCCUGGGAGGGAAGUCUGAGUACCGCACGUCCACUCGCCUCAAGGACAAGAUGGACGCACACCCACCGAGACUGUUCGCCUGCUCCAACAAGACCGGCAACUUCAUCAUUGAGGAGGUUCCCGGGGAGAUGACGCAGGACGACUUGGCCACAGACGACGUGAUGAUCCUGGACACAUGGGAGCAGGUGUUCGUGUGGAUCGGAAACGAAGCCCAAGAGGAAGAGAAGACCGAGGCCAUGGCGUCAGCUCUGCGCUACAUCGAGACCGACCCGGCGAGCAGAGACCCACGCACGCCUCUGGUCAAGAUCAAGCAGGGAUUCGAACCCCCAACCUUCAGCGGCUGGUUCCUGGGCUGGGACCACGAAUACUGGACCAGUGACCCACUGGAGCGCGCCAUGGCUGAGCUGGCCCUUUAA